UGCUACGUGCAGCUAAACACACCCACUCGGAACAGGUUUACACUCACAAAACAUUAAAAUACCGAGCACCGAAACCCAGAUCAGAGUUUAAUCAUCAACAGAGGCGACCCCGAAACUCAUCCUUAUCUCCGUAUGCCUAAUUGGACAAGCAAACAGAAUUGAAUUGAUAACGAGUCACCUCUAGAUCAGCCGAAAUGAAUCCCCACAAAAUGGUGUUCCAGAAGGUUGAGGUGAACAGAACGGUCUGGGAGGUACCUGAAAGGUAUCAGACCCUCUCAGCUGUCGGUUCUGGCGCUUAUGGACAAGUCUGUUCAGCGAUGGAUACACAUACCAACACCAAAGUAGCAAUUAAAAAGUUAGCCCGUCCAUUUCAAUCUGCUGUCCAUGCCAAACGUACAUACAGGGAGCUGAAACUUUUGAAACACAUGAAACAUGAGAAUGUUAUUAGUCUACUUGAUGUCUUCUACCCACACAACGACACCAAUCAGAUAUAUCUAGUAACUCACCUGAUGGGCGCAGAUUUGAACAACAUCAUAAGAACACAGCGACUUACUGAUGAUCAUGUCCAGUUUUUAGUCUACCAAAUUCUUAGAGGCCUUAAAUACAUACAUUCGGCAGGCGUCAUUCACCGGGACCUGAAACCGUCCAACAUUGCAGUCAACGAAGAUUGCGAAUUGAAAAUCCUGGAUUUCGGUUUGGCUAGGCCUACAGAAACGGAGAUGACCGGGUACGUUGCUACCAGGUGGUAUAGGGCUCCAGAGAUCAUGUUAAACUGGAUGCAUUACAACCAGACCGUCGACAUCUGGUCUGUCGGCUGCAUCAUGGCUGAACUACUUACAUCCCACACUUUAUUCCCCGGAACAGAUCAUAUACACCAACUGAAUUUAAUAAUGGAGAUUUUGGGUACUCCAGGGGAAGAAUUCAUGGCAAAGAUAACAUCGGAGAGUGCUCGUAAUUACAUCAGAGCAUUACCAGCAACACCUAAGAAGGAUUUGAAACAGGUCUUCCAAGGAGCAAACUUGCAGGCCAUCGAUUUGUUGUCGAAGAUGCUGGAAUUGGAUAGCGAUAAGCGUAUCACCGCCGAAAGAGCUUUAGCUCAUCCUUAUUUGGAACAGUAUGCUGAUCCAAACGAUGAACCGAUAUCCGGGUCUUACGAUCAGAGUAUUGAGGACAUGGAACACGCUGCUGAUGAAUGGAGAGAGCUAGUUUUGGAAGAAGUCAGGUCGUUCGUACCCCAGGUUUUGGAUGAAAUCCAGUAGUAAAUUCACACUAACACCUUAAAAAUUUGUUAAAAUUGUUCUUAUAUA